GUCAAAAAAAUGGACUACAAGCCUGUUGUUAUCCAAAAACAACCUCGGUCAGCUGCAAAACACAACCCCGAAUCGCGUUACUGGCGACGGUUCAAGAACCCCGUAUUUGUGAAAGAGCAUGCGCCCGUCACCUGCAUCCAUUUCUCACCCUCCAGACCGCACCGAUAUGCAGUCACGGCUUCGACACGCGUACAGGUAUAUGCACCAAGAACGCAAAAGGUCGUGAAAACGAUCUCGAGGUUCAAGGAUGUUGCCAGGAGUGGGCAUAUCAGAGGUGAUGGGAAGCUGCUGGUGGCGGGAGAUGACACUGGGCUCAUUCAACUGUUCGACAUGAGCACACGAGCAAUUCUUCGGUCAAUGGAUGACCACAAACAACCUGUACAUGUAACAAAAUUCUCCCCGGACAAUACCUCCCUCCUCUCAUGUUCGGAUGACGCCACCGUCCGACUCUUCGACGUCCCAUCCCAGACGUGCGUUGGUGUCUUCCGUGGCCACACCGACUACGUACGUUCCGGGGUCGUAUCUCCAUCCAAUCCAUCCCUUAUUCUCUCUGGUUCCUACGACGGCACCAUGCGACUUUUCGACUCGCGGACUGGCGGAGCUGAGAUCGUUAUGGCGUGCAAGACACCCGUGGAGGAUGUUCUGCUCUUUCCAUCCGGAGGGAUUGCGCUCUCCGCCUCUGGCGCUGUUUUGCGCGUGUGGGACCUAGUGGCCGGAGGGAGAUGUCUUCGAGCGCUCUCGAAUCACCAGAAAACGGUCACUUCCCUGGCAUUCAACGGUGAUGCUUCCCGGGUGCUCUCUGGUGGACUGGACCAGAUGGUGAAGGUUUACGACGUGACGAACUAUAAGGUGGUGCACUCGAUGCGGUAUCCAGCGCCGGUUCUAUCGCUCGCGCUGUCGCCGGAUGAUACGCAUCUCGCGGCAGGCAUGACAGACGGCAGCUUUUCAAUCCGACGUCGACAACCGAAGGCAAGCGAGGUUGUUGCUGAGGAUAAGAAGAAGGAGGCUUUACGGACGGGAGCGUACGAAUUCUUCAUGGGUGGGGAGUUGGAGCACUUGGGCGAGGGGAAGCGAAGGACGAAGCAAGCGAAGCAGGUGCGGGCAGUGGAGGGAGAGGUAAAGGUUCGGCAAGCGAAGAGGAAAACGUUGAAGAAGUACGACAUGAUGUUGAAAAAAUUCCAAUAUGAAGCGGCGCUUGAUACGGUACUACAGAGUGAACCACCAACGGUUGUGUUCUCACUUGUCCAAGAACUGGCGCAGCGAGAUGGCCUACGAACUGCCCUGGCGGGGAGAGAUGAGAUCUUCCUUGAGCCAGUCCUUCGCCUCUUAUUAAAGCAUGUCGCCGAUCCACGAUUCAGCAAUGCCGUUUGUGAUGUUGCAGCUAUCGUUUUAGAUAUCUAUCGAGAUGUCAUCGCCCAAUCGCCUCUAGUGGAUCGCCUGUUACGUUCACUGCAGCGAAAAGUCGAUGCGGAGCUGAAGUUUCAGAAUGAACUACGACAGUUACAAGGCGCUCUUGACAUGAUCAUUGCGUCUGCAGCACUGAGCUUACCUGGUAUUACAUUAUGACCUCAUUACAUAUAAUUGGUUACAUGAACACAUUGUGCGAAUAUACCG